UUAGAGAGAGAGGGUGAAGGUUCAUAAUGGAGUUGGCAAAAUCGCCCACUCUUCUCUUUUCGGACCCUCCAAAGCUAAGCUUGAAAAUAAAAUUACAUGGAAAAAACGGAAAUUCGUGUUCCUCUCGCAGUUAAAUCUGCUUGUUUCAUUUUUUAAUUUAUUUUUUUCUUUGUUUACUUCCUCAUUUGAUUUUCUCUCAUUGUCUCUACAUACGCUUUUCAUUGCCCUUCUCUUACUGAAAUAUGAGCUGAAAAGAUCUUCGCUUUUCUCUCUCGUCAAAUCUCUAUAUUUUCAUUUUCGAUUUCUGCAUCUGUAUCCCUUCAUCUGGUAUAGAGUGUGUGGUCCUUGAGUCUGUAAAUGGCCAAUGCAUCUGGGUUGUUCACACCGCCAUUUCCAGGCCUGAGGAGCAGGAUUCAGGCCCCGUUUGGCAUUUCACGAUCUGGCUUUUGCUCCUAUCCGGUAAUCUUCAAGCGGGUAUUAUGCUCGAGCGCUAUUGACGGGGCAGAAAGGCAUGCUUCCCGCUCCGAAUCUCGAGUACCCAGGCUUUUGAGCAAAGGCUGCAAGUUGAUUGGGUGUGGUUCAGCAGUGCCAACUCUCCAGGUUUCAAAUGAUGAUCUAGCAAAGAUGGUUGAUACUUCUGAUGAGUGGAUAUCCGUUCGCACCGGGAUUCACAAUCGACGUGUUCUUUCAGGCAAAGAUAACUUGACAGGUCUAGCAGUAGAGGCAGCAACGAAAGCUCUUAAAAUGGCUGAGGUAGAUCCUGCCGAUAUUGACCUAGUCUUGAUGUGUACAUCUACUCCAGAGGAUAUUUUUGGCAGCGCCCCUCAGAUCCAAAAGGCACUUGGAUGCACAAAAAAUCCUCUGGCCUAUGAUAUUACAGCUGCAUGUAGCGGAUUUGUCUUGGGUCUUGUCUCAGCUGCUUGUCACAUUAGGGGAGGUGGAUUUCACAAUGUUUUAGUGAUUGGGGCCGAUGCACUUUCUCGUUUCGUUGACUGGACGGAUAGAGGGACCUGCAUUCUCUUUGGGGAUGCUGCUGGUGCUGUAGUAGUUCAGGCCUGUGACCUUGAGGAGGAUGGUUUGUUCAGUUUUGACUUGCAUAGUGAUGGUGAUGGUCGGAGGCAUCUAAAUGCCCCUUUGAGAGAAAAUGAACCAGAGGAUUCAUUGGGUUGCAAUGGUUCAGUUUUAGACUUCCCACCAGUGCAGUCCUCGUAUUCCUGCAUUCAAAUGAAUGGAAAAGAAGUCUUCCGUUUUGCUGUGCGAUGUGUGCCUCAAUCAAUUGAGUGUGCCCUAGAAAAAGCUGGUCUCACUUCAUCCAGCAUUGAUUGGCUUCUGCUCCAUCAGGCCAACCAGAGGAUCAUUGAUGCAGUUGCAACACGCUUACAAGUCCCAUCAGAACGGGUCAUUUCGAAUUUGGCAAACUAUGGUAACACAAGUGCAGCAUCCAUUCCAUUGGCAUUGGAUGAAGCUGUUCGAAGCGGGAAGGUGAAGCGAGGGCAUACUAUUGCAACAGCAGGUUUUGGUGCUGGUCUAACUUGGGGUUCUGCCAUCCUUAGAUGGGGAUGAAACAUUAAUUCACCUGCCAAUUCAAGUCCUGGCAUGGAAGAGAAGAGAUAUUGAUAUGAGAGCAGUUCUCAAAUUAUCGCAUUCAAGUUUCGAAUGUGGUGCUGAUCCCAGCUCCUUGAUCUUCAUCAGCAUCUUCAAAUUGCAUUUUGUUAAAGUUGUAUUAGUUGCACUACAAAUAGUUAUAUUCCUUUUACCUUGACUCUUAUACUGCCAUUGUUUCAAAUUUUCCUGAAUUUUGAGUCACCAUAAUGUGCAGUUGAUAAGUUAAGUCUGCUCAAACCAAAGCUGGGGUUAAGUAAUCUUGCUGUUGCAGCUUUGCUUGGCCUUCCUGUCACCCAGAACAUUGCCUCCUGAAUUCUAAACAGGAUCUCCGAAUAAGCGAAAAUCAAUGGAUGGUCUAACAUUCUGAAGCUA